UUCGCCAUACCAUUACGACAUCGUGACUCCCGUAUCUGACCACCAAGCGUCGCACCACUCAACAUUUCCGCAUUGGCCCCAACCUGAGUGUGCCGGUCUGACCGGCCACCACCACCACCGAGGCCGCCCGCCAUGACCUCUGCCUUCGACGACGAUGACCUCGCCCUCUCUAUCGCACCCACCCCCGCGGAGAAGCGCCGCGGCAGCAAAGAUGAUCGCCCGCUCACAGACGUCCAGGCUGCGCGCGAACCGCCGCACACGCGGACGCCCGUCGUGCGCGCACCACCCAUGAACCAGCAGUCCAAGGCAUUGACCAGGCUGGGCCAGUAUAACAUUGUAAAGACGCUUGGUGAAGGCUCUUUUGGCAAGGUCAAGCUGGCAACACACGCCGUCAGUGGACAGAAGGUCGCCUUGAAGAUCAUAUCCAGGCGCAAACUGGUCACUCGCGAUAUGGCUGGACGUAUCGAGCGCGAGAUCCAAUACCUACAACUUCUCCGCCACCCACACAUCAUCAAGCUCUACACCGUCAUAACGACGCCCACGGAUAUUAUCAUGGUGCUGGAAUAUGCCGGAGGCGAGCUUUUUGACUACAUUGUCCAAAACGGAAGGAUGCAAGAAAAGAAAGCGAGGACCUUCUUCCAGCAGAUAAUAUGUGCCGUCGAAUACUGCCAUCGCCACAAAAUCGUGCAUCGGGACCUCAAGCCGGAGAACCUUCUACUCGAUGACCAAUUGAACGUGAAGAUCGCUGACUUUGGACUCAGUAACAUCAUGACCGAUGGCAACUUUUUGAAAACCAGCUGUGGUAGUCCGAAUUAUGCCGCGCCUGAAGUCAUCAGUGGCAAGCUCUAUGCUGGUCCCGAGGUCGAUGUCUGGAGUUGCGGUGUCAUUCUCUACGUGCUCCUGGUCGGCCGUUUACCCUUCGAUGAUGAGUACAUACCUGCUCUUUUCAAGAAGAUCGCCCAGGGACAAUACCAAGUACCGCAGUAUGUCUCUAGUGGAGCUUCGAGGCUUAUUAAGGCCAUGCUUCAAGUCAAUCCAGUGAACAGAAUCACGAUUGCCGACAUUCGGCAGAAUGAAUGGUUCAAGGAAGAUCUGGCCGAGUAUCUCCAGUCUCCGGUUGAAGAGUUUCAGGAUACUGGUAUCGACCCCAGCAAGGCCAUUGAUCCUACAGCACUUGACCCUGGUAAGCCAGCUGUGGUUCAAGAGAAGAUUCACCAGAGUGUUGUUGGAAAGCUUGGCAAGACAAUGGGCUACAAUUCAACCGAUGUGCAGGAGGCGCUGCAGAAGAAUGAGGCCAACGCUAUCAAAGAUGCCUAUUUGAUUGUCAGGGAGAACGUCAUCACUGCCCAGAAUCCUGCCUUGCAGAGCCUGAUGCCGGAAUAUCCCAAUUCACCACCCCCCUUCCACUCCAACAGCAUAGGAAUGACGCCUCCCACGAAAGCACGUGCGACUCCGUCCCCAAUGCUUUCCCGUAACAAGCCGGCACAAUCGCCCUUGGACCACCCACGGCAUGGCUCGACUGGAUCGGGCUCGAUCAUGGAAGCCCGCUCACCGAUAUCCACAAUCGCCAUCUUGCCGUCUUCAUUACCGGACUACCAUGCGGCGUACAUGAGAGGCCACAUCAACAAUACUCAGUCUCCAACACAAGGCGAGGAAGACGUGCAGCAGCCGCGUACGAAAGAGGAACAGGAAGCUACCGCUCGGCGGCUCAAGCCCCACAGCAAGAGUUCGACCAACCUACAUCGUGAGAAGCCUGACCUUGAUAUGACCAAGUUUCCCGAAGGUCGACCCAAGAAGCAGCGCCCCACCAAGUGGCAGUUCGGUAUUCGAAGUCGCAACUCACCUGCCGAGGCAAUGCUAGCCAUUUAUCGAGCACUGCAAAAGAUGGGAGCCCAAUGGGAGCUACCGAAGACGAAAGAGCCAGGUGCUGGUAGCGGCGACGUCACCCCGGAGAGACGAGACUCUGAUCGCACACGGAGUAAUAGUCCUGAGUAUAGUGAUUCGGACCCAGGCUCUGGUACCGAUCCGGAAUAUGCUACGCACGAGGAGCAAGAACGUCGACGAGCAAAGCGUCGACAGAAUGGUGAAGGUGCUCGAGGUCGCGAGAGAUAUGGCAAGUGGAACGACUGGGGCUACACCAUUCCGGAAGAUCCGUGGGUCAUCAUGGCACGAUUCAAGAAGGAAGGCAUGUAUCCUCCUGGCGUCGCGCAUCCUACCUCGGCCCACAGCUCGCGAGUCGAUCUCAACCCUGACAGCCGGAGAUCCAGUGCUGCCGCCAUGAUAAUGUCUACCAACGGAUCUGGCAGCAACAGCCAUGUGCCAAGCAUCAGCAGCAGCCACGAAAAUAUCGCAGCUACAGGACCAGGUGGCACUGCGAGUCGGCCAGGUUCUGUAUUUAGUGGCCACGCUGCCGGCAGCGAGGUCAAGCCAGAGGAAAGCGUGUGGGUUUACGUCACUAUUCAAUUGUAUAGCAUUGAGAAGGACUUCUUCCUAGUUGACUUCAAAUGUGCUGGUUAUGAGAGACUUGUGCGCCGAUUCGCUCGCGAAGUCACUGGCAGCAACGAAAGCGAUGUUGUGAGAACCGACAACUUGCCAGACGGAUACACGUCGGAUGACAUUGACAUCGACGAACACGGCGAAGAACUGGUCGGCGCCGGACGAUCGCAGGAAGAGAAAGACAUUACCAGUCCCUUCCCAUUCCUGGAUGUCGCAAGCAGGCUCAUUAUUCAAUUGGCUGAAGCCAAUGAUUAACGGCCGCACGAAGCAACGAAGAUACGAUGUCCGUCAUUUUCUUUUCACGUUUGCGAAGAGCAGGUCGAAAAGCGCGGCUGGCUAUGAGGUGGGAUCGACGUACAAUUCACUCCACUCUACCGGGCAGGGACCGUCAUGGGAAAGCUGGACGAAGAAAAAGAAUUAAGAAAAGCAGACAAAGCGACAACAGUGCAUUUACGGCGCGGACUGCAGCAUCACUCGGCUGGUUGGUGGUGGACAAAUUGUGGAAUUCUCCUGCGAUGAUACCUACGGGCGCGACAUUCUGCGUGCUUUGCGCCUUUAUUGGGCGGGGGAGUUGUUUAGCAUCAGGUUGACUCCGCACCAUGACCUUCAUCAGUGAGGAUGUGGUUUGGAUGAUGAUAGGGACACAAGCGUAUGGACAUAGAUUGAAUCG